UCCCAGAACAUAGCAUUUUUAAGGAAUACACAAUAGUCACGACUUCACGCCCAUGGAAAUUUCAUACAUUAAGAUCAAAUGAUGUGGAGAUUGAACAGUCGCUGAAACUGAAAGGGUUUGAUUUUAGAUGUGAAAGGGAAAUGGUAAAUAGGACAGUCUCACAAUUAAAUAUAAAUAGACAUGCUAAUAAACAAGCCAGAGACUGUGUGGAAAAGCUGAAGGAAGACUCUCUGAAAAGUUUAAAACAGAUACCAAUUAUGCUCCAACAACUGAUAUGUCUAUGGUUUGAUGGUAAACUCGAUAAAACCUCAAGAUGUGCCAUCUACACCGGCAUGUUAGAACUGUUCUUUACAUGGAAUGACAUGAAAACUACAGGAACAAGUACUCCACUCAUGAAGGGUACUCAGAGAGUAAACCUCCCUCAAUAUUUAGCCGAUAAAAUCAAAUUAAGAUUAAACAGCCAUUUCAUUUAUGAAGUAUCACGGUUGGCUUAUGAGACACUAUUUAAUUGUCCAAAGAACAAAUCCUUGACAUUUGACAUGUUUAUGUUUGAUGAACUAGAAAUAUCAGAUGAAGUAAGAGAAAAUUGCUUGAAACUUGGAAUAAUUACAGAAGAUGAAUGUCCGAGUUUAUUUGUAUCAGAACCACCAAGCUCAUUGUUCUCUUUUAUUCACAAAUCAAUGCAAGAAUUUCUGGCUGCAGUGAAUAUUGGUAUCAAUUUCCUUGCAAAAAUUGGUUCAUUAGAUAGUACAGGAAAUGCUGAAUUAGCCAAAAAGAUUAUCAAUGAGGUUUUUCAGAAAUGUUCAACAAUAAAUGACAUAUUAGAGCAAUCAAAUGUCAUGAUUAUGCUAUGUGGUCUUGAACCUAGAUUAGCCCCACAUGUCUCAAAACACGUAUUUGAUACUGUGUCAGAAGACUCUUAUGUUCAGAAAUUCAGGAAAACAACAGAUAGACAAAGAGAAGACAGUGUAGAAUUGUAUGUUAUGGGUUCUGAAUCUGAUACUACAUGUAUUACUGAUAUUCAAAGGCUUAUUUUUGAGUUAAUUGAAGAAUGCAAUUCAUCAGAUACUCCUGGAAGCUGUCCUGUAUUUUAUAUAGGAGAUUUGGUCUUUGAUAUAUUUAAUCGGUAUUGUGAUAUUGUUUGUUCAGGUAUUGAUCAGCAUCAAAUUGUUCCUGACUCUGUUCUGUCUAUUGAGGUAGCUAACAUCAACACAAAUAAUGCUAAAUUGACAAAAUAUUUACCAAUGUUUCAUCAUCUUGAAAAAAUUAAAAUAACAUAUGGAGAUGAACCUCAAAGGUUAUUUAGUACACAAAGUGAUAGUACACAGAGUAAUGAACAGAUGAUUGAUGAGAUGAACAAUUGUGUUUCUGAGACAAUUAAAGUAAACACUUCAACAUUAAAAUCUCUGUCUCUUGGUGAAACCGAUCACACUGACAAGCAGUAUUACCCUGUGUAUAAAACAGUUGUUAGUAACCUACCUAGUAUGAUCAAUCUUGUAGCAAUAAAAAUAAGUGGUAUAACAAUGAGUCAUGAUGAUACUACUACAUUUUGUAAUUUUCUUGAGAGAACCAAUCAUCUUGAACAAAUAUAUCUUGUUAAUAUUGAAUGUGAGUGUGAGAACCAGCAUGAUGUAAAUUUAUCACAACAUCAACAACUUCAGUACCUUUAUUUGAGAUAUGCUGUUAGUGUGAUAGAUGCUGAUACUACAAACCUUGAAAUAUUUAAAUUUGGAAAUUUGAAAAAUAGUAAUUAUGAGAAAAUAUUUGAUAUUAUUAUAAAAUCUUACAAAUUAAAAGAACUUCAAUUAUAUGGAGAUUAUGACAAUAUAUCUCAAUUAUAUCAUACCAACAUAACAAAGAGACUAGUCACAGUAUUGCCAUUGUUACACAAUCUCAGUGAGCUUGAGUUAUGGUAUUGUAGGUUAACUGACAAUAUAAUACAGUUACCUUUAGAGAUGAAGAGUUUAAAGAACAUUAAGCUUUUUGGUGUCAAAAUGAGUUUGACAACAUGGCAGAAGUUUGUUGAUAGUCUUCCUGGUAUUCCUCAUAUUGUAGAUGUGAGUGUAGUGAACUGUUAUAUAACAGUUGGUGGUGAGGAGAUUAAUGAUAGGUUAACAUGGACAUCACAAGGACUAGGAGGAGUGAAGGGAAAUGAUGCUAUACAGUAUGUAAAAGAUAGAGAACAGUUAAUUCAUGUUAAACGUGGUGGUGAAGAUUGGUUUGGCUUUUCAACAACAAAAAAAGUGAUAUAGGAUACAUGUAUUAGAUGAUACAUGCCUUUAAAUUUUCAAAAAAAAAAGGGAUAAAGUGUCCAUGUAAUUACAUAGUAUUUUAACUAAAUGUGUUUUUUUUUUCAUUUUCAAAAAAAAGAUAAUGUUUGGAAUUUUUAACAUAUUGAUAUAGGAUACUUGCAGUUAACAUAGUUUAGACAAAAUUAUUUCAUGUUAGAAGACACAAUAAAACAGUGAUACUUAUGACAAGUAAUUCACAUAUUGUUGUGAAGCAAGAGGAUGAAUAUAAUACAUUAUGAUAACAAUCAUCAAAAACAGUUAAAUUAAAUAUUGAUAUCUGGUCAAUGUAACAAAAUGCAUUAUUAUAUUUUAUAAUAUUGAAAUUGGAGAAAGUAGUAUUCAAAUUGUGUUUAUAAAUAAAUAAAUGAAAAAAAUGCAGCAAAAUAGAAUAGAUAUAUUGAUCUUAAUUAAGGUAAAGGUUCUUUUUUAAAGAUCAGGGAUAGUUAAAAAAACUGAUUUGAAAAAAGUUAUGUUCAAAUUAUAAAUACAUAAAUAGAUAUGUAAAUAAACAAGUCAAUAAAUUAAUGAAUAAGUAAAUUUAAUGGAAAUAUCAAACCACAGAUGUUAAAUGUACAAGGUAAGAACAUGAAGAAGAAGUGAAAGCUUAAUAUAACAUUCAAAUACCAUUAUAUGAUGUAAUAUAUGAUAUGAUAAGGGAAUGGUAUAUGUAAAUACCGGUUAUAUGAUAAAUAUGUCAUAAGAAUGGUAUAUAUCAAUACAAGUUAUAUGAUAUAUAGGACAAGGAAAUGGUAUAUAUAAAUACCAGUUAUAUGAUAUAUAGGACAAGGAAAUGGUAUAUACAAAUACCAGUUAUAUGAUAUAUAGGACAACGGAAUGGUAUAUAUAUAUACAAAUACCAGUUAUAUGAUAUAUAGGACAAGGGAAUGGUAUAUAUAAAUACCAGUUAUAUGAUAUAUAGAACAAGGGAAUGGUAUAUACAAAUACCAGUUAUAUGAUAUAUAGGACAAGUAAAUGGUAUUCAUAAUUGUUUCAUUGAGAUGAGGACCAUUUACAUGUUAUAUUUUAGUGAUUCCUUCUUUGAUUGUUUUUGUGUUGCCUUGAAAAGGCGACAUAUUGGGGUUACUUUUGUCAUCGGCGUCCCUUAAAGCUUGUCCGGAGCACAACUCAGUCACUUUAAGUCUGAUUGACUUCAAACUUGGUAUGCAUGCUUCUUUUAAUAACCCAAAGUGCAGUGCACAAGAACCAGUACUCUGCACUUCUUAAUUUUUGAGUUAUUGCCCUUUGUUAAUUUUCAUACUUUAAUUUUGUCCGGGCCAUUUCUCUUCAACUAUAAAAGCUAUUGACUUGAAACUUCAUAGGAUGAUAGAUCUCAUUAAGAAAAAGUGCAGUGCACAAGAACCGGUACUCUGCAUUUCCUAAUUUUUGAGUUAUUGCCCUUUGUUAAUUUUCAUACUUUAUUUUUGUCAUGGCCAUUUCUCCUAAAGUAUAAAAGCUAUGGACUUGAAACUUCAUAGGAUGAUGGAUCUUAUUAAGAAGAAGUGCAGUGCACAAGAACCGACUCUGCAUUUCUUAUUUUUUGAGUUAUUGCCCUUUGUUAAUUUUCAUACUUUAUUUUUGUCCAGGUCAUUUCUCCUAAAGUAUUAAAGCUAUAGACAUGAAAUUACCUUCAUAGGAUGAUAGAUCUCAUUAAGAAAAAGUGCAGUGUACAAGAACCGGUACUCUGCAUUUCUUAUUUUUGAGUUACUACCUUUAUUAAUUUUCAUACUUUAUUUUUGUUUAGGCCAUUUCUCAUAAAUUAUAAAAGCUAUGGACUUGAAACUUCAUAGAAUGGUAUAUCUUAUUGAUCUGAAAUGCAGUGCAAAGAAACUGCUGCUCUGCACUUCUUAUUUUUUGAGUUAUUGCCCUUUGUCAAUUUUCUUGUCCUAGCCAUUUCUCCUAAACUAUAUUGUUCACAAGGUCACACAUCCGACUCGCGGAGUUCUAGUUAUAUUGUAAAAAUUGAAAAAAAGUUGAAAAUUAUAAUUAUGCAAAACGAUAAAUGUGUAUAGUUAAAGGGACUCCACUGAGGAUUUUUGACAUAUUCAGAAUUAUAUCUACUUGAUUUUUGAGAGUAAUAUAUGAGAGUAAUAGGAAGUCACUGUCCGAGGACCAUGAACUAUAACAUAGAUUUUGACAGAAUCAUUACACUUUUUGAAGUUAGAAAAUUAUGCAAUAUCCAUUAGCUGAAGUCCGUCUGAAAAUUACACUUUCAAUUUUAUUCCGAGUAUAUUUCUUUAACAUCAUUUUAUUUUUAUACCCCCGCACAACAAAGUUAUCCCCAUAAUAACUUAAGAAACCUUUGACCCACAGUCUUCAUAUUUGGCAUGGAGGUUAGUCAUGAUUAGUAGAUGACCCUUUUUAUACGCCCGUUUGAAAAACGGGACGUAUUAUGGGCGGGCGGCGGGCGGCGUCCAAUUUUGUCCGGAGCAUAUCUCCUACAUAUAUGGAGGGAUUUUAAUGAAACUUCAUAGAAAUGUUCACCACUAUGAGGAGCAGUGUCGCGCACAUGAACCAGGUCUCUAGGUCAAAGGUCAAGGUCACACUUAGAGCUCAUUGAAAAAUGCUUUUUGGGGAGCAAAACUUCACAUGUAUAGAGGGAUUUCAAUAUUACUUGGCACAAAUGUUCACCAUUGUGAGGCGGAGUGUCGCGCGCAAGAUUCAGGUCCUUGCGGCCAAGGUCAAGGUCACACAUAGAGGUCAAAGUUCAGAUAAAAAUAUGAAGAUGUGUAUAUGGACCAUUUAGUCAUCAUUUAUUGAGGGAUUGUAACACAAAUGGUCAUUAUCAAGACUAUGGCUGUGAUACAUAUAAUUUAGGUCAAUAUAUACAAGGUCAAGGUCACAAAAGAUGAUGAAAUAUCCAGAUUUUGUCUGGAGCAUAUCUCCUACAUGUAUGGAAGAACUUUUAUAAUACUUUAUGGAAAUGUUCACCACCAUGAUAUGUAUUGCUCCAUGCAUGAUCCAGGUCUCCAGGUCAAAGGUCAAGGUCACACUUAGAGCUCAUUGAAAAACGCUUGUCCGGAGCAAAACUUCUCCAUUCAUAGGGGGAUUUCAAUAUAACUUGGCACAAAAUGUUUACCAUUGUGAGGCUGAGUGUCGCACGCAAAAUUCAGAUCCCUGCGACCAAAGUCAAGGUUACACAUAGAGGUCAAAGUUCAAAUAAAAAUUUGAAAGAUGUGUAUAUGGACCAUUUAGUCAUCAUUUAUUGAUGGAUUGUAGCACAAAUGGUA